CCGCGCGCGGCACGUGGCCCCGCCGCCAACAUGGCCGCGCCCAGCCGGGCCCGGCGCUGCCUGCUGCCGCUGCUGCUGCUGGCGGUGGGAACGGGAACGGCCGCAGCGACCCCCGGCACCGCGGGCUGCGGCUGCAGCGCCGGCCGGGCCCCCAGCGACGGGCGGGAGGCGGCGGCGCGGCGCUACUCGGCGGCGGCGGGCAGCGGGCGGAGCGCCGGGCGCGGGCCGAUGGUGCUGAUCCCAGGAGGGGUGUUCACCAUGGGCACCCAGGAGCCUCAGAUCCAGCAGGAUGGAGAGGGCCCUGCCCGCAGAGUGCACCUGGGCAGCUUCUACAUGGACCAGUACGAGGUCAGCAACCUGGACUUCGAGAGCUUUGUCAACUCCACGGGCUACGUCACCGAGGCAGAGAAGUUUGGUGACUCUUUUGUGUUUGAGGGGCUGCUGAGCGAGGCAGUGAAGGCUGACAUCCACCAAGCAGUGGCAGCUGCUCCCUGGUGGUUGCCUGUGAAAGGAGCCAGCUGGAGGCACCCUGAGGGCCCUGACUCCAACAUCUCCAGCAGAAUGGACCAUCCAGUCCUUCAUGUUUCCUGGAAUGAUGCCGUGGCCUUCUGCACGUGGGCAGGGAAGCGGCUGCCGACGGAGGCUGAGUGGGAGUACAGCUGCAGAGGGGGCCUGGAAAACAGGCUUUUCCCAUGGGGUAACAAACUGCAGCCCAAAGGGCAGCACUAUGCCAAUAUCUGGCAGGGAGAAUUCCCCACCAACAACACAGCAGAGGAUGGCUACAAGGGGACUGCACCUGUCUCUGCCUUUCCCCCCAAUGCUUACGGCCUCUACAACAUGGUGGGCAACGCCUGGGAGUGGACAUCAGACUGGUGGGCUGUGCUCCACUCCCCCCAGGAGCUCCACAACCCUCAAGGGCCGUCCUCGGGCACGGACAGAGUGAAGAAGGGUGGAUCCUACAUGUGCCAUAAGUCCUACUGCUACAGGUACCGCUGUGCAGCUCGGAGCCAGAACACCCCCGACAGCUCCGCGUCCAACCUGGGCUUCCGCUGCGCCGCGGCCGCGCCGGGGCCGCGCUGAGCCCCGCUCCAGGGCACGGCCUGCCAGGGAGGGCUGCCUGCCACCCCGGGGAGCAAACGUGAGCAGCUGUGCCCCUUGCUGAUGGCACGCGAUGGAAAAACCUUGCUGCGAGUUCCUGCUGAGGGAAGAAGAACCAGCACGACUCGAGAGCGCUUGGAGAGCCUUUGUGUUCAUGAGCAAUCUGGCCUGGGUGUUUUGGAUUCAGCUGGAACAAAACUGAGCAGAAACAUGCCAAUCAUGGUUUCAAAGAUUACUCAAUCCCAGAAUUAGGCUGGAAAAAACCUCCAGAAUUCUUUAGUUCAGGCCUUGACUGAUGACCACCCUGUCAACUGCAACAGCUCCUCUUUAGAGAGGAUCUUUAUGAAUUAAUUUUAUUUAUUUAAUCAUGGUUUCAAAGAUUACUUAAUCCCAGAAUUAGGCUGGAAAAAACCUCCAGAAUUCUUGAGUUCAGCCCUUGACUGAUCACUACCAUGUCAACUACAACAGCUCCUCUUUAGAGAGGAUCUUUAUGAAUUAGUUUUAUUUAUGUAGAGCUUCUACACUCAAAUGCAAUAAGCAAAGACUUUAUAAAAUCCUAGACAGCUUUAAAAGAAAUUCUAGGCAGUUAGGAAAUUCUAGGCAGCUUUGAGAGACAAUGAAGGAGUGAAGAAUGAGGGCUGGGAGAUGACAGCUCUCCCCACAGGCAGCUUGCCCUUUGUUACAUUCCACUUGCAGUGAAAAUCAUGGCCAGAAAUGGCUUCUCCUGGGGAGAUAUUUGCUGCUCUUUAGGAAGUGCCUUCUGCAGCUGAGGGAGAUGAUCCUCAGGGUGAUGAUCAUUAGAAAUCUUGUACAUAUUUGAAUAAAAUAUCAAGCAUUUGUUUAUACCAAAGACUUUUAUUGAUGGAAAAACACAAUUUCCUUUGAAUUUCUUGGACACAGUGUAGGCUUAUUUUAGGGACUUGGAAAAUGCAGUACUGGCCUCAUUAGAAACUGAAGCUAAUGAAUGAUUCCACUUGAAUAAAAGUCAUGGAAGUGA